AUGUCGCACCGCCGUCUCAACUAUAACCUGGAGGGGGUCAAGCUGGGACAGAAGUCCUGGAUGAACAACCUGCCUCCACCACCACCACUUCCACCAACCCCACCGCCUCCCAAGGAAGAGGAAUCCGAGCCCGUCUACGAAUUUAUUGUGAAGGAUGAGGCCGAGUGUCUCAAGGCGCAGGAAGAAGAGGCUCGAAAGUCUUUUUACGGAGAACACAUCUCCCAUCUUAAAUACUCUGAGAUUGAUUGGACAAUACCAAUCAAAGAAUUCGAUGCAGGAAAAUGCAUUGUCAAAGGCAUAGACUGCCAACCCGUCCCCAACUCAGCCAGGAUUCUCGGCAUUCUCCGCAAACAUUUCCAUAGCAAGAAGCACCUGGAUUGGGAAGAGAAGAUGCGGAAGAAGGCCGAGGAUGAAGCAAAAAUGGCUCCAACCCCGCCCGACCUGCCAACGCCAACGAGUACCAAACGAAAGUUUGGUGAUGCAUUCCUGGCAUUAGAUAAUGGAGAGUAA